AUGGACUCCCAGAAUACAGAGAACUACCUUGCGUUUCUCAAUAACUAUGUUGAGGAGCGAUCUUUGCAGGCUUUCUAUCCACAGGGCUCAGAGACGCUGGUGGGUAUCGCCAAGCAGGCUGACAGUCUGGUCAAGAGCGUUCAUCCGAAAUUUGUACAAAACCCCGAAGUGGCAAUGGAUAUGUCCCUCCUGGCCCUGUAUAGGAUAGUUCUGUUACUCGUUGACAGCGGGUCAAUGAAGAUUUCCGAGGGAGGACGACGGAUUAAGGCACUCCAGGUCUUCCUAACUCGCAUCACCGAAAUUAGCACUCAUUUUGUCAGCGACGGGAUCACCAUACACUGGUUCAACAAACUUGAGGGGGUGAACAAUGUGAAGGAUAUCAAUAAGAUCCCCGAGAUUAUAAAGAGUAAUCCAUUUCGUGGCUGGACAAAGAUUGGGACGGAAUUAAGGGAUAAGAUUUUGGAGCCCUUUGUACUUCGGCCGGCACGUGAGAACACAUUGAAGAAACCUGUGAUGGUGCUUAUUAUUACCGACGGAGAGCCUGCCGAAGAAGCCCCUGGGACAUUGAAAUCGGUGAUUUUGCAACCUCAGCGCCAUCUCCGGAGGCUGAAAUGUGCACGAACAGGUUCGGUGUCCUUUCAAAUUGCUCGCGUAGGGAACAGCUCAACCGCCAAAGCUUUCUUACAUAGGCUGGAUGUAGAUCCCGAGAUCGGAUAUUCCGUUGAUUGCAUCGCAGAGGAGGGAAUCGAAAAAGCGGAACAGUUAUUGGGAGAAGAUGAUGAUUUUUCCCUGACGAAGCUUCUUCUAGGUGCUAUCAUGGAAGGGUGUGACCAAAUGAACGAUGGUGGCGAAGACGACGAGGAUGAGGACGGUAAAGCUUGA